UGCAACUUUCAAGUGAGUUGCAAACUCCGCCCCGAGCGGUUGCGGGCGCCUGCGGCCCAGGGACCCGGAGGCUCGCACGAGCGAGGCCACCCACACCCGCCGAGGGCCGCGACCCGCCGGGGGCCGCGCUCCUGGUUCUCCGCGGCUGGAAGUGCGGGUCGUCGCCGUAACUGCCGGGCCGCGGGCGUUGCGCAGGAGCGCGCCCUCCGGCUCCGAGUGGCUCCUCGGGGCCCGGCCUCCCCGCCCCGCCGGCGGGUCCGCCUCCGCCAGGGGCAGUCCGAGAGCCCGCCUGGCUCCCGCACCUCCGCAGAUCUCCCCGCUCCAGACCCGCGUGAGCGUCUCCCUGGGCGCCUUCCUGGGGGGCUCCCUUGGCACCUGAGGCUGCAGGAUGGUGUCCUGGAUGAUCUGCCGCCUGGUGGUGCUGGUGUUUGGGAUGCUGUACCCAGCUUAUGCUUCCUAUAAGGCUGUGAAGACCAAGAACAUUCGUGAAUAUGUCCGGUGGAUGAUGUACUGGAUCGUCUUUGCACUCUUCAUGGCGGUGGAGGCCUUCUCAGACAUCUUCAUUUCCUGGUUCCCUUUCUACUACGAGAUCAAGAUGGCCUUCGUGCUCUGGCUGCUCUCGCCCCACACCAAAGGAGCCAGCCUGCUUUACCGGAAGUUUGUCCACCCAGCCUUGUCCCGCCAUGAGAAGGAGAUCGACACCUACAUUGUGCAGGCCAAGGAGCGCAGCUACGAAACGAUGCUCAGCUUCGGGAAGCGGGGCCUCAACAUUGCCGCCACAGCCGCGGUGCAGGCUGCCGCCAAGAGUCAGGAUGCACUGGCCGGAAGGCUGCGUAGCUUCUCCAUGCAGGACCUGCGCUCCAUCCCCGACACCCAUGGCCCCAACUACCAGGACCCCCUCUACUUGGAGGACCAGAUGCCCCGCCACAGACCACCCAUCGGGUACCGAGCAGGGGGCCUGCAGGACACUGACACUGAGGAUGAGUGCUGGUCAGAUACAGAAGCAGUGCCCCAGCCGCCACCCCGGCCCCGAGACAAGCCUCUGAGCCGCAGCCAGAGCCUGCGUACGAUCAAGAAGAAACCGCUGGUGCGAGAGGGCACCUCGCGCUCCCUGAAGGUGCGGACAAGGAAAAAGACUGUGCCCUCAGACAUGGGCAGCUAGGGUCUGCCGAGCCAGCCCAGUCUUACCUCGUGCUCUACAGGGCGCCGGGGGCUGUUUGAAGGGGCCCUCUGGCUGCACGUAGGGCCUGCCUGCACCAGCUGCCCAGGCUCUGCCCUCCCGACUCCUGCUGUUGGCGGCAGUUGCCGCUGGGGCCAUGC